AUGGAGCCGACUACGUCUACUGUGACAUCGACUACAACUCAAGAACCUAGUUCGUCCACGAUUACGUCUACCACCCAGGAGCCGAGUACAUCCACGAUUACGUCUACCACCACUCAGGAGCCGACUACGUCUACUGUGACUUCGACUACCACCAUGGAGCCGACUACGUCUACUGUGACAUCGACUACAACUCAAGAACCUAGUUCAUCUACUGUGACAUCGACUACAACUCAAGAACCUAGUUCAUCCACGUUUACGUCUACCACCCAGGAGCCGAGUACAUCCACGAUUACGUCUACCACCACUCAGGAGCCGACUACGUCUUCUGUGACUUCGACUACCACCCAGGAGCCGACGACUUCAGAUCCAUAUCCAGAAAGAUGUAACUCGCUUCAUGCACGUUCCUGUAUUCAUUCUGAUUUACAGCUAACUGCACUUGCGCAGCCGAUAUUCCUGUUAUUCAGCUUACCAGCAGCGAUGGCAUGUACAAUGACACAUUUUGGAGCGAACAGAGUGCAGUGAUUGCUGCUAAUUGGGAUUCUUCGUAUACCACUGUCGUUAAAAUUGUCAACCAGUUGUCAAACACGAGCUGCUCAAACCAAAUCCAAUGCAGUUAUCAAAAGGGAAACGGAUACGAAUACGUGCAAGGAAACUUGUUCGUUGGAUAUGAGAAUGGAACCGUGAGAUCUGGAAAGUUUAACAAGAAAAACAAUUCAAUUUUCAGUACAUUCAAUAUGUUGACAAUCUGGAUGGAAACAUUACGUGGCCUUCCGUUUACUGUAACGCUGCGAAUCAUUGGACCUAUGAAGGAGGAUUAGUGGUCUCCGCCGGAUGCAUUUCAGUGAUCUACUGGCCAUGA